AUGUCAUCAUCGUCAAAAUUCAUCUCUAUAAUCAAACCAACGGCAUUCAGAACCUUGCUACAAGCAACCAAAGCAUCAUCAGCCAAUCGUACAAUCCCAAUUGACGCAACCUGGUUCAUGCCCAAUAAUCCACGCAACGCCCGUGCCGAAUUCGACCAGGACCAAACCUUGAAACACAUGGCCGCCAGCUCGACCCACACCCAGCCCAAGUUCUUUGACUUGGACAAAUGGGCAAGAGACUCUCCUUAUCCUCACAUGUUGCCCACGCAGCUGAUUAUGAAUGAAGCAUUUGAGGAAUUGGGCAUCCAUGAACUGGACAAUUUAGUUGUGUUUGACCGCGUUGGCAACUUCUCGAGUCCUCGAGUUGCUUUCACUUUGAAAUUGGCUGGCCAUGGGAAAGUUUACUUGUUGGAUAAUUAUCCAAACUAUUUAAAGUCGGAUGCAUCUCACCAGGAAAAACAGACGGGGGAAGGAGCAGUGAAUGGUGGCGGAUCUGUUGCCAAUGCAGCUCCAAGUGACACUACUGGAACCGCUAUUGAUGGAGAAGUGAAUGAAGCCCACCUGCCCCAUCUGUACGAAGAAAUCUAUGAUCGAGAAGUGAUUGAAUACGAAGAAUUAGUAACUCACAUAGCCAACAACGAUAUCACCAACUACUUGAUUCUCGACGCCAGGUCUGCCGAUAGGUUCACUGGUGCAGCACCUGAACCACGACCAGGCUUGAGUUCAGGCCAUAUCCCCACGGCAAAGAAUUUACCGUUCACCAAAUUACUCAAUGCUGAUGCAAACAAUGAAUACAAGACAAAGGAAGAGAUUGAGUCUGUGUUGAGUAAUGAGUUGGGCAUAGAUUUGGCAAAGUUGGGCCAGGAGGGGUAUUAUCCUGGGGGGAUCAUUGUCAUGUGCGGGACUGGUGUUACUGCUUGUAUAGUGAAAUUGGCAUUGGAAAAUAUCGUCAAGGUAAAUGUGCCGGUGAAGUUGUACGAUGGGUCGUGGACUGAAUGGGCAAUGAGGGCUCCUGAAAAGUAUAUAGUGAAAGAUGUAUAA